AGAGGGUGGGUGAGGCUCCACAGCUGAUAGACACAGAGGACUGUACAGGUGCGUCAAAGAUGAUCUUCCUCGUAGCACUUGUCCUCACUGCGUGCGCCCUCACAUCAAGGGUUGAUUGUGCCACUGAAGGAAUUGUAUGGUGUUAUCAUCUUCCAACCUGCAAUGACACCAAGUGGGCAACCAUCGCUCCUAAAUAUUGUGGUGGCUCCCGACAGUCGCCCAUUAACAUUAACACAGCAGCUGCCAAACCUGAUGUAAAACUGACAGAAUUCACCUUUACCGACUUCAGCAGUACCACCGCACUGAAAACCCUUGAAAACACCGGCAAGACAGUCAAGGUUACCCUUGGUCCAGGUGUUCAGAUUUCCGGAGGAGGUCUUUCAAACACCUACGACACCCUGCAGCUUCACCUGCACUGGGGAAAUGGAUCCUCCGUCCCCGGGUCUGAGCACACAGUGGAUGGCAAGCGCUACCCCAUGGAGUUGCACAUUGUAAACGUCAAGUCAUCCUACAAUGGCAACACAACCCUGGCUGUUGGAGACUCCAAUGGCCUUGCUGCUCUUGGUUUCUUCAUCGAGGAAAUGUCAGGCAAUGACGAACCUGCAAUCUGGAAGAAAUUGACCGCCUAUCUGCUUAACAUCUCAAACAAAGGUCAAACUGUAACACUUCCUUCUGGAAUUUCACUGGAUGACCUCCUUACCGGCGUGAACCGUACUAAGUACUAUCGUUACCUUGGCUCCUUGACCACCCCUGCUUGCAAUGAGGCCGUCGUUUGGACUGUGUUCAAGGAGCCGAUCAAAGUCAGCAAGGAUUUGAUCAACCUCUUUAGCAGAACAGUGCACGUCAACAACAGCUCAUCGCCUUUGAUGACGAAUGUCUUCAGACAGAUCCAGCCAGAUCAACCAGUCACAACACAGGCUGAAAGCUCUGCCUCCACAACCUGCUACUCUCUGGGGCUGAUGGUGCUGAGUCUUGCUCUGUGGAAGAAUCUGUGAUCAAAUACAAUCCAGAAACUUAUUUUGUUCCUGUUUUUCUCCUGUAUGAUUUUGUCUGACUUUAGCCUUGUCCAAGUUGUUUAUACAUAAAGUCUGCACUGAACUUCUUGUCAUUAGUGCCCUUAAUGCAACAUGUAGGAUGCAACAUGCACAUGUGAUCAUUCUUCUUACAUCCAAGACGAAACGAAGCCUCAACAACACAAUUACUUCUUCUUUUCCAAUGUAGCUUGAUGUAAUAUUAUUGUUACCACAACACAGUUCAACGGAAAUUAAAUGUAAUGUUGGCUGCUGUUCUAAUGAAUUUGACUGUCACAAUUGUCAUGUUAAUUACAAAAUGAGUGUUUAAUAAGUUUUUUCUGUAUGGACAUUUGCACAUAUUGAAUUCAUGUUAUGGACAUGAAUACUUAAGUACAUGAGUACUGAAUUUUUUUUAUGCAGCACAGCAGUGAUUCGGGCACAGCUCACGUCCAUUAUGAGCUAACAAGGCUAUAUUCAGGGAUCUGAGAAAGGGAUAUUGUACCAAGUUUACUGAGGAGCUCUACUGAUGGUGAUUUUUGAAAUCGUAAAAAAAUUAAUGCAUUAUGAGUGUGGCAGUAAUUUGUCACAUUGGCCUUGUGUUGAGAGUUAAAAAUUGGUUUCUACAUAUUUGAUUUAGCAUAUUUUUCCUAUUACUUUAUAUUGUAACUUGAUUUGCUAAAUGUUCCCCUUCCUGGUGCAGAUAUUGUUUGCACAUGAAAUGUCGCCAUCUUGCCAAGCUGAUGAAUCAAAAUGAAACCUGUUUCAGUCGGUGUAAAGAAGGAAUGAGGUGUCAGUUAAGUGAAACCCAUUGUGUAUAGCAAUUAUAUACACGAUCAUAUAUUCACACCUUUUUAACCUUGUGUUGAACUACUCCCAACAGAGCAGUAACAGAACUGUGGGCUCCGGUUUAAUGUGUCAAAAUUAAAUGAUCAGUCACUCUUCA